AUUCUGCAUUUAUCGUCAUCAAAGACUGUGUAUCAGGCAGGGUGAAACUGAAAUACAGAUAAUCAGUUAAAUUCAGUGUCUGAUUACAGGAUGUUACAUUUACAAUCAAGUAAUAACAUUACAUUGCUGUGAAAAGAAAGUUUCAACGAAAGUUAGGAUCUGCUACCCAAUGGCUUCAGGCCAGACCAUUUUAGGCUUACCACCAGAUACUAAUGAAGGUGUAACGAAAUUGUUAAGAAUCAAGGUUAUUGAAGGUGUACAUCUGGCUAAAAAAGAUAUAUUUGGCGCUAGUGAUCCAUAUGUGAAAUUAUCAUUGAAUCAUAAAGGAGUUCUUGUGGACACAAAACAAACUCAUGUCGUUAAAAAGACUCUAAAUCCUAAGUGGGAAGAUGAAGAGUUUAUAUUUAGAGUCAAUCCAGAAAACAGCAUAAUUCUUUUAGAAGUCUUCGAUUCCAAUCGAUUGACUCGUGAUGACUUUUUGGGUUUAAUUGAGCUUAAUCUAAAUCAUAUGUCAAUAACAACUGAAAGGCCAGGGAGAGAUAUACCUCCAAAAAACUUUGUUCUCAGACCUCGAAGCUCUCGCUCAAGAGUUAAAGGCCAUUUAUCUCUAUAUUUGGCUUAUUUAGCUAGUGAAGAUGAAAGAGAUGGUGCAGAUGACAGAGCAUCUGGUAUUACACCACAAGAGCAGCCUGGUUGGGAGCUGGUAGAUCUUGAUGGUGCUACAUCUUCUGAUGUCGGAGCCUCAGGGCCAACUGUGCAGGACCAGGAAAGCAUUUCUAACCAGAGGCAGCCUCUACCUCCUGGCUGGGAGCAGCAUACUGAUCCUUCUGGCAGACUUUAUUAUGUUAAUCACACCACAAGAACCACACAGUGGAACCGACCAGUAGAAUUGUUACCAUUAGGUUGGGAAGAAAGAACUGAUGCUAAUGGCAGAUUUUACUAUGUAAAUCACACCACACGGACGACACAGUGGGAAAGACCUACAGGAGGCACAGACACACCUUCAGCAAUAGAUGUACAGCGUCAACGCAGCUUGGAAGCCCAACAGUUAUACAGAAAUCGUAGACAUAUCAGUCAGGAUGAUACACUUAGCCUUUCAUCAUCUGUCAGUGAAACCAACUUGCAUGGAGAAGAGGAAAGAAGGAGGAGGAGUAUGCCUGCUUCUCAUAUAACAAGUGAAGACCCAGAUGAGGAACCACUUCCAGCAGGCUGGGCUAUUGGUAUAGCCCCCAAUGGUAGAACAUUUUUUAUUGAUCACAAUACAAAAGCCACUAGCUGGGAGGACCCAAGAAAGUCAUUACUUCAACGAGGAGGGUCUCUCAAAACUACAGAAUCUCCUAGCCCAUUAUUCAAAUCAUCAUCUGCUGAAGAUCUGCUUCAUCAUCUUGGUCCAUUACCACCUGGUUGGGAAGAAAGAACUCAUACAGAUGGUAGAGUGUUUUUUAUAGAUCAUAAUAAUAAAACUACACAGUGGGAAGACCCUCGUUUACAAAAAAUUGGUGGCCCAGCUAUUCCAUACUCUAGAGACUACAAAAGAAAGUAUGAGUAUUUUAGGUCAAAGUUGCGUAAACCUAAUUCUUUACCAAAUAAAAUUGAUAUCAAAGUGACCAGAAGAAAUGUAUUUGAAGAUUCUUUUAGACUUAUUAUGGGAGUGAAGAAUCCAGAUAUGCUGAAAACUAGGUUGUGGAUUGAGUUUGAUGGAGAAAUCGGUCUAGACUAUGGUGGUGUUGCAAGAGAAUGGUUCUAUCUUCUUUCUAAAGAAAUGUUUAACCCAUAUUAUGGCCUUUUUGAAUACUCUGCUACGGAUAACUAUACUCUACAGAUUAAUGCUUUAUCAGGCAUUUUGAAUGAAGAACAUUUAAAAUAUUUUGAGUUUGUUGGGCGAAUUGCUGGCAUGGCAGUUUUUCAUGGGAAACUAUUAGAUGCAUUUUUUAUCAGACCAUUCUAUAAAAUGAUGUUACGGAAGCAAAUUACAUUGAAUGAUAUGGAGUCAGUUGAUUCAGAAUAUUAUAAUUCUUUGAUUUGGAUUCAAGACAAUGAUCCUUCAGAAUUAGAGAUGACAUUUUCUGUGGAAGAAGACCAGCUUGGUGAGAUAAAAGAAAAGGACCUGAAGCCCAAUGGAAGAAAUAUACCUGUAACUAAUGACAACAAAUUGGAAUACAUCAACUGUGUGAUUAACUGGCGAUUUUCCUCAAGAGUAGACUCACAGAUGAAAGCAUUUAUGAAAGGUUUCAAUGCCCUGAUUCCUCAGGAUCAUCUACAAAUUUUUGAUGAAAAUGAAUUAGAGCUUCUUAUGUGUGGCUUGCAAGAUGUGGAUGUUAAUAAUUGGAAGCAAAACACAGCUUACAAGGGAGAAUAUAAUCCUAAUCAUCCUGUUGUCAUAAACUUUUGGAAGGCUGUUUAUUCAUUCAACAAUGAGAUGCGUUCCAGGCUUCUGCAGUUUGUCACUGGUACAUCCAGGGUUCCCAUGAAUGGUUUUGCAGAGCUCUAUGGCAGCAAUGGACCACAGCUGUUCACCAUUGAGAAAUGGGGCAACGUAAAUCAGUUUCCAAGAGCACACACUUGCUUCAAUCGACUAGAUUUACCUCCUUACAACACAUAUCAAGAGUUAAGAAGUAGACUUAUGACAGCUAUAGAAAACACACAGGGAUUUGAAGGUGUUGACUGAGGCUGACAGACAAUAACAAUAAGUUUUUUGUACAUAUAACAAACUAGUUUCCAUAGACUUACUUUCUAGAUAAGAAAUUAGUCUUAGCAAAACAAUGUGUACAUGAUAAGGUGCAUAAUUUAAGUUUAUGGAUUCAGAUGAUUUUUUUAAUGAAUCUUUAGAGUAUAAUAUUUAUAAAGUAUGAUGUCUGAAUCACUAGCUAGAUUUAAUGUUAAAAAAUGACCUUAAGAAAGGGAACAAUAUACCAGAUUGUUAGAAUUUUUUUUUUAUAAAAUGUUUAAUGCUCAAAUGUUUUUUUGUUAUUGAUAAUUCCAAACUAUAUAUACAUGGCUGUUAAUUAGCGUGUUAUGUCCGCCAGAUGAAUAGAUCAUGCCAGUUAGCAAUGUAAUUUCAAGGGGAGAGAUGACAAUUUUUAAAAAGUAAAUCAAAAGGUGUUUGUUUUUUUUUAUAUUCUGAGCAAUGUACACCUAAACAGCAUACAUGAUAGUGUGUAGAAAACAUGUCUAUUCAUGACAAAAAUGACUACCAACUGUUUCAUCAUCACUCUGUAGAGACUCCAGAAAUUUGUAUUACGUUUAGAUGCAUCUCCUUUUUCAAAUUACUUUUCUAUCUUGAACUUUAAUAUGAAAAACUUAUGUCAGCAUGUAAACCCAGAUAAAAAUACUUAAAAAAAAGAAAAAACACCAAAUAUUCAAAUAAUUUACACUGCUUAACCUUCUUUGAAAAAAAACUAAUUUGAUACUUUUGGGCUAGGCUAAGAAAACUGAAAUAGCUGUAAAUUAUAUACUUUAAUUCUUCUAAAAGGUAGCAUUUUUUUUAGAAUUAGGCCUAGUGAUUUUUGUAAUUGAUUUUGACUUUGAUUAUUUAUUGAAAUAAUUCAUCACUGUAAAUGUGACUACUGGUAUACAAUUAAUAGUUGUCUGGCUCAUUGAGUUUUUAGGUAUAUGUGUUAGUUAUAAAAAAUGUCAGCUAAUUGAACUGUUAUAGUUUUUUUUUUUAAAUUAAUUAAUAAAUGCUUUUUCUUGAUACUUGUUUAAAACAAGUUUAACAUGAGUUUUAUUAAUGUAAUUUUUUUCUAUCAAAACUUGAAUUUUAUUGUAAUGUAAAUAGCAAUGUGUACAUAAAUGGUACUUUGAUGCUUUUUUUUUUCUUCAUUAAGCUAGCUAGUUAAACAUAUUUACAUUGGAUUGAAAUUUAUCUUUAUAAAUAUUUGGGUUUACAAUUGCCUUGUCUAGAUUUAUUUGUACCUGGUAAUAUAUUUAUUCAAAUCAUUGUGUUCAUUGUAAAGCUAUAAUUUAAGCUUUAUCUGGUAUUUAUUAAAAUACAUUAAAAGUCAGUAGUUCUAAUAUUCUGUGAAUGUAAAUAUUUUGUUCCAUAUCAACCUAUUCCAGACAUGAACUUAGUAUGUGUAUGAUUUUAUUAGGUAUAAGAUCUCAAAAAGUGUGUACAGAAAGGUUAACUAGGAGUAGAUUGUGACAGAAAAUUGUAAAAAAAAAAUAGUAGGACUUCAAUUUCUGAUUUUUUUUCUAGCAUUUUGUCUUUUGUGAACCCACACAUUCAGUUCUGUUUAACAGAGUUGACCUGUUGUGUAGUUACAGUGAGAGCCCAAUUGAUCAAUUAGGACCAUCAGAAUUCAUUCUAAUGACAUCAAAGACAAAGAAAUUACCUUAUAAUAAUAUAUUAAAUGCAGACGUAGGCCAUUAGUUUUCCUUGGUUAGGUGACGGUUUCUUUGUGUAUGCAUCUCAUUAUGUGCUAACACCGAUACAAUUUCCAUUAUUGUACAUGACUGUGAUAUUUAAUCAGUUAAAAUGUUUUUUUUCUUGUUGUUUUUGUAUUUAUUUCUACAUGUCAAGAUAUCCACUGCAUUUGUCUACUAGUGCACAAGGUUUACUGUGCCUUUGGAUUUAAUUUUCUGUUGUCAUUAUUUGUCUUUGUAUGUCUUACAAUGUAUGAUGUUUGAAAUGGUUGUCAUGAUGCUAACAAGCAACAGCUUGAUUCAUGUUUCUUUUAAUCAUUUGAAUGUGUAAACAGGUUUUCUUUAAUAUCAUGUACAUUUUUGUGCUAUUAUUUAUAAGUGUACUCUAAAAUUUCUUGUAAUACUUCUACUAUGUACAAAAUAAUUUACAACCAUUGUACAAAAUAAAUACCCUACAAACUUGG